UAGGGUAGGUUACCAGCCGCGGAGGAUGUUUCCACAAUUGAAAAAUGAAAAAAAAGAAACUGUGGCAACAUCCCCCGUGCUGUUGCCACAAAAGAGAAAAAGAGAAAGAAAAAAAAACGUGGAAGGAUACACACGAGAACCCAAGCUGAAGGCCGACUGACACGUUACCAAGGAGUCAGCAGUUUGCACGGGGACGCCACACCGUCUACAACCCUUUGCCCGCCUUCCGCAAGUGCCCGCGCUGUCCUCCGUGAUCUAUUCCCCGUUGCUGAAGGAGAGAGAAAGCUAAAACCGCAACGGACUUUGCAACAAUCCUCACACUGUCCUUGAGACAGGAGCGAGAAGGGCCUCUCCGCGGUGGUCGCGUUUUGCGGUUUUCUGACAUAGUUUCUUUCGGUGAGGACUUGGGAUAAGAUGAAGAAGUGGGGUAAAGGAGAGUUCUGGGGCGUUGGCUCUGACUACGACCCCGACUGGAUUUUGACGGAGGGGCAGAAGAAGCUCCGCGACGACCUCAUAGAGCUGUGCAGGACCAAGAUCAGACCGCAAGCUUCCAAGUGCGACCGUAAUUAUACUUUUCCCCGAGAAUCCAUGAACGCCAUGUCUGAACUUGGUCUGCUGGGUCUAAUUGUCCCCAAGGAGCUGGGAGGCCUUGGAGAGAACCACGUGUGUUCUGCCAUGGUAAGCGAGACCCUUGCUCGCUAUGGCUGCCCUUCCACCGCCAUGGUUUACACUAUGCACACAUCCGCAGUGGCCACCCUGCUCUUCCGUUACCAUGACAACCCACAUAUCCAAGACCUCCUUCGACGCCUUGACAAGGAUAAGCUAGUAGGAACUCUCUCCUAUUCUGAUCCAGCGACUGGGGGACAUUUCUGGUACCCACUUUCUUCGAAGGUGAAGGUCUUGGACGAAAACAUGGUGCGGCUCUUCAAGUACGGUUCGUGGGCGACGAGCAGCGGCCACGCGGACUGGUACACCAUCCAGACCGUGAGUCCUGACUUCGGAGGAGACUUCUCCAACCUGUCUUGCUUCUUGGUCUACAAGGACGAAAUCCGAGCCAACACCGAAGACUGGGACGCCCUGGGCAUGCACGGCAACAUGUCCGGCCCGCUCAUCAUCGAGGGCAAGUUCUCCAUGGAAAGAAUGAUUGGCCCUCCUGGAGAUGGCCGAAAGAGCAACGACGAAUGCGUGGCUCCCAUCUUCUCCCUGAAUUCGACGUCAGUAUGGAACGGAAUCUCCCUGGCGUGUAUGGAUGUGGCCAAAAGACACGUGACCCGUAAAGCACACGCUGACGUGGGGAUGCGGGUAUGCGACUACCCAACCAUCCAGGACUAUUUUGGCGAGUGCAUGAGUCACACGAAUUCGUCACGAACGUUUUUGUUCAGUCUGGCGCAAGCUCUCGACAACGUCACUAACGACGGUGACUGGACUAUUCGGGAACAAGAUCAGACCGACUCCAGGUCAAAGUUUGCACACUGGUUGUUCCAAGCAAAGUUUAUUGCUGCCAAGAACGUGUCCAAAGUUGGCGAUAAGAUGCUUCAUGCUUGCGGGGGGUCCGGGUACAAGACUGACCUUGGCUUGGAGCGGCUACUGCGGGACGGCAAAGCAGGCUGGGUCAUGGCGGUGUCAAACGAGGUCACGAGGCAGAUAGUGGGGAAGACUGUGCUCGAGGGGCUUAACGUGCUCGAUAUCUGGGACCAGAAACCGAACGAGAGAACCAUCCACCACGAAAUCAAGAAAAUGAGCAUCGAGGAGCGCAAGAAGCUGGCCGAGACACUUCUAGAAGACGUCGCUACAGAGGAGAAGGGCGAAGCGAAGCACCCGUUCCAAGACACUGACUUUGACAACCCUUUCAACACGUGUGCUCCCGCGGCCAACGGCAAAGUACUCAAGACAGACGACGGGGAGGAGCAUGGACCUGCCCUGAACCCUGAUACUUGGGUGCCACUCACCCUGAAGUGCCAGAGUCCAGUUAGCGAUAAAAUGUCCGCCUUCGACUUCGCUCUUCCGAAGCCCACGGAUCACACAGGAUGCUUCACCGGCCAGUAUGUGAAGGUCCGCGUGAACCUCAAGGGCAACGAGCAGGAGCGCUACUUCUCGCCCGUGUCGCGUCCGGACGACUUCGGCCGCAUCGAGCUCGUGCUCAGGUUCGAGUCCCAGGGCCUCAUGUCUCAGCACUUCAAGGCUCUCAAGCCAGGAGACCAAGUGGAGUUCCAGGGCCCUUGCGGAGGCUUCGAGUACGAGGCGAACCAGCUGGACGAGGUGACGCUCCUGGCCUCGGGCGGAGGCAUCACCCCCGGCAUGCAGCUCAUCCGCGCCGUCAUGCACAACCCCGACGACAGGACCAAGAUCAAGCUCCUCUACUUCUCCGAGAAUUACGACGAGAUCCUGUACCGCGAAGAACUUGAUGAUUAUGCAGCCAAGGAUUCUCGAUUGGAAAUGGUGCACACGCUGGGAGAGUCGCCUGAAGACUGGGAAGGCGAGGAAGGCUUCAUCGACACGCAGAUGAUUGACAAGUACCUAACCAAACCCAACGGCAUCAAACAAAAGAUCAUCAUGUGUGGAGGCCCCACUAUGACCAUCUCGUGCCUUCACUCUCUGCGGUCCCUCGGCUACCCCUCCGACGCCAUCUUCAUCUACGGGCAGUUCGGCACCGAGCACGUGAGGAAGGUCUACGGCAGAAACGUCCAGCUCUCCGGCCACCGCUGCGACAGUGUCCUCUGAGAAAGGCGAUCUCUCCUUGUUACAAAGCAUGUCCUAAAACCUUAGCGUUUGGGGAAGUGAGAGAGCAUGGACUAACUAACGAGUGGACUAAUAAAGACCUUCACUAAAUUUUUGUAGUUUCUGUGGAACAUGAGUGAGAUUUUCACUCAGGAGCUUGAAAAAAAAAAAAAAACAUCGACAGUUAUAUAAUUUUACAUUAUGUAGAAAUGCACUCAUGCUUCUAAUGAAUGUACUGCUGGAAAAAUACCAAACGGAUUUAUGCAUUAUAUCUAGAUACUGCAUUUACUUAAAGCUGCUAUAAAACAGUAUUCUUUCCUCUAUAUAAUUCAUAUCACAUAAGUAUGGUGCUACAAUUGCAUUCAUCACGAGAUAUAAUGUAAAAAAGUCAUUGUACUGCAGAUAUCACUCUGAUAUUUUACAGAGUCCUAGAACUCAACACUUAACAUGGAAUGAAAUGCAUUUCAAACAAUUCCAUGGACUGCACCAUUCUUUACAACUAAAAGCUCAACCUGACUGCAUUUACAACAUUCCUUUGAUGUUCAAAGUGCAGAUAAAGUGUGCCACUUUAUUUUUUCCUGUUUUAAAGUAGAUCCUUGUCAGAGAUAUUUAGCCGUGCUCUUUGUUAUAUGCUAAAGUAUCAGAGUGAUACUUUUUCGAGAAAAGACUGUCGUUGAAUUCUUAAUUGGCACUGUUUUCUGCCAAAAUAUUUUUUUUUUAUAUAAUAUGAAUAUUGAUUUGGUUUAUAUCUUGCACAUCCUAAUUACGUAAGCUAUAUCUACAAUUACUGAAUCAAAGUGAGUUGCCAAGUAAU